CGCCAAUUCGCAGGGCUGAUGCGGAAGGGAAGGAGCAACGUCACAAGUCCAAGUAAGGCCAAGUUCCAAGAACAUUGAAGCAUGUGCAUUGUGCACCCUACACCCACCACUAAAAUUUGUACCCUCAACAUUUGUAGAUUCCACCUUUGUGGAUUUUGAUUUGAUUUUUUCUCUCAUCGAUCUUUCAACUCUUCGACCCUCCGACUCCCUUUCUCGAUAUUGCUUCUAGGUAGCAUGUGCUACUUUUCGGAACAGCUCCUAUCGUUUCCCGCUGUCCUGCUAAUUCAGCAUGGAUCAGUACCCUCCCGUGUCGCGAACCUUCACUUCAGCACCGUCGGCUGAGAAGUCCAGCCAGUUACUCCUCCGCGAGUAUCCUCAUCGAGCAAUCGCUAUCGCUACGCCGACCCAUGCCUUAAUAUUCCGAUAUAGCCCUACAACGAGCGAGGCGAUCGCGAAUGGCUCGCUUGUAUCCGUCUCGUCAGCACGAUCCCGUAGUACCGGCGACGGACCCGUGUCCAAAUGCAUGGUCGAGUUCUCUCCCAUAUCCAAACAACUCCUUAGCGACUUCAGACCUCUUACGCCCCGUCCCAUUUACGGAACACUGGGUCUUAUAUCCAUAAAUCAAGAUGUAUUCCUAUGUGUAAUAACGCAGGCAUCGCGGGUAGCGACGCUGCGACCCGGAGAGACUGUCGAGAAAAUUGCGAGUGUCGACUUCUUCUGCCUCAACAGCUCAGAGUACGAUAAUGUUAUAUCCCUUAAUACGUACGACAGUGACCUCUCCGACUCUACCCCUCCAUAUGGUCAGAGUCUUGGCAGAAGGGAAGGCGAAGUAGAAUCCCCAUACCACGAGCUGCGGGGGCUAUUGAGCAAUGGCAGUUUUUAUUACAGUACAGACUUUGAUCUGACAAAUAGGUUACAAGAUAGGCCGAUAGAUCCGGAUGCAUUCGAUAUUGACAAUUUCGACGACUCUUUCCUGUGGAAUUAUUUCAUGAUCAGUCCUUUGGUCCAGUUUAGAUCUCGGCUGUUAGCUCAUGAGCGCGAGGCUCUUGACAACUCCAGGAUUUUGACCUCUGCUAUAAGGGGAUUCUGCUUAACUAUGACGAUCCCUCAAAGUGCUGCUCCUUUACGAGAUGCCAGGUCUGGUCUUCCAUCUUACCUCACCGUUAUCUCACGUCUAUCUUGUAAGCGAGCUGGAACUCGCUUCAACAGUCGAGGUAUUGACGAUGAUGGACACGUGGCCAAUUUUGUCGAAACAGAAACAAUAUAUUGGAGCCCCUCUGGCGUUCUCUUCUCAUAUGCGCAAGUUCGUGGCUCCGUGCCAGUAUUCUGGGAACAAACUCCCGGUCUUAUCCCGGGCCAGCAGAAGAUCUCGAUUACGCGCUCGGCUGAUGGAACUCAACCAGCCUUUGAUAAACAUUUCGAGGAAUUAGAGCAGUCUUACGGUGCUGUACAUAUCGUCAACCUGCUCAGCGCAACGAAACCAGGGGAGGCAGAGCUUACAAAUCUAUUCCACUAUGGCUUACAGCAUUGUUCGCUUAGCCGUGCUGGUGAUCAGCAAUCGUCUGAUCAUGCCCUAUUGCGAGAAACGGACUAUGAUUUCCACGCAGAAACGAAAGCGGUUGGAUAUGAGGCUGCUCGGGAAAUCCGACGAUAUAUUGAGCAUUCCGCUGAUGGUUUCGCGUACUAUUUAGCUGAGCUAACAGACGAUAUGAUCGAUAUUAACGAAUCGCCUGGUCAUCAACGGAUGGUUGUUGUGCUUCAACAGGAGGGCGUUUUUCGCACAAACUGCCUAGACUGUUUAGACAGAACCAAUCUUAUCCAGACUAUCAUCUCUCAAAUGGCUGCUGAGGCAUUCUUAACCCACCGUGGGGAAUAUGCCGCAUCGGACUUUUGGAUGCGACAUUCUACCCUUUGGGCCGAUAAUGGUGACGCUCUCUCCAGGAUUUAUGCUGGUACGGGCGCACUUAAAUCCUCUUUUACGAGGACCGGCAAAAUGUCUAUAGCUGGUGCCUUCGCGGAUGCUCGAAAAAGUGCAACGAGACUUUACAUCAAUAACUUUGCCGACAAGGCAAGACAAAACACAAUUGAUAUGCUCCUAGGGCGAUUGGUUGGUCAGGCCCCUGUUCAUCUCUUCGACCCGAUUAGUGAUUACAUAUCCGUCGAACUUGGUAAACGCGGUUCCGAGUAUUCGUCGACGGAAAACAUCACGAUGUGGGUUGGCACGUUUAACUUGAAUGGACGCACAAACGGUAUUGAGGAGGAUUUAUCUCCUUGGCUUUGCCCUCAGGUGCUAGGUUCAACGCAGCCUGAGAUAGUCGCUGUAGGUUUCCAGGAGAUUGUUGAAUUGAGUGCUCAGCAGAUCAUGAAUAGCGACCCAACUAGGAAACAACUAUGGGAGAGAGCUAUCAAGAAGACACUUAACACCCGUGCGAAACAAUCAGGGGGAGAGAAAUACGUCCUUCUCCGCAGUGGUCAACUUGUUGGCGCUGCCCUUUGCAUAUUCGUAAAAGCAUCGGUGCUUCCAAAGAUAAAAAAUGUCGAGGGAAGCGUCAAGAAAACAGGCAUGUCCGGCAUAGCGGGAAAUAAAGGUGCUGUCGCAAUCAGAAUGGAGUACGCGAAUACUCAGAUAUGUUUCGUGACAGCCCAUCUCGCCGCUGGAUUCUCCAACUACGAUGAAAGAAAUAAGGAUUACGCUACUAUUCACCAUGGAUUGCGAUUCCAACGGAAUCGGGGAAUUGACGAUCAUGAUACGGUUAUCUGGCUCGGAGAUUUUAACUAUCGUAUUGGAUUAUCUCACGAAAGAGUCAUGGAUCUGGUUCAAAAGAAAGACCUGGAAAAGCUAUAUGAGAAUGACCAGUUAAAUUUACAAAUGGUCGCUGGCCUUUCCUUUCCAUACUACUCCGAAGCCAGAAUUACGUUCAUGCCGACAUACAAAUUCGAUGUCGGUACAGAUAGAUAUGACAGCUCUGAAAAAUUGCGCAUCCCCGCAUGGACCGACCGUAUCUUGCGCAAGGGCACAAAUAUACGACAACUAUCAUAUAAUUGUGCCCCUUUGAGAUUCUCAGAUCACCGCCCCGUAUUUGCGACAUUUCAAUGUACAGUAAACAUUGUAAACGAAGCCCUUAGAGAAAAGAUCAGUCGGGAGCUGUACGAACGCCGCAAAGCAGAAGUUGGACACACUGCAGCAAGUCUACUCAGCGAGGAUUCUGACGAUGACGAAGACCUCAUUGGGUAUGAUCCCAUCGAGCCGGGGCUACCUCCGGCGAGCUCAGACCGGCAGAGAUGGUGGCUUGAUAAUGGGAAGAUGGCGAAGUCUACAGUUGGACCACCGAAGCCCAUCAACGGGAAUUCUACUAUGGUACUAAACCCUAGUCGCACUUCAAAUCCAUUCACCCCAUCAGAAGAACCAGACUGGGUUGCAAUACCCAGAUCCAAUUCAAGACUUUCUUCAUUCUCUAGCAUUUCCAGCUCUCCUUAUGAACACAUUAACCACUCUUCUAUCCUCUCAACAUCUGCUGCAUCCAACUCUUCGCCUAGGAAACUCCCGCCUCCUUUCGAUCCAGCAACAUUGCCCGCGAAAGUCGGCCAGAUCAAUUUACAUGACGAGCAGAGGAAUGAAGCUCCACCACCUCCUCCACCCAGAAGACAGACAUCUACAGGUUUCCCUCAUUCACAAUCGUCUAGCUCUCCAAGUAUGCAUCCUAUGCUACGAGCAACAAAACCUAGUAUACCGGAACCGCCAAUGAGGACCAUGUCUACAUCAUCCAUGGCAUCUCAUAAGUCUAAGGCGCCCCCGCCUAUAGCCAGAAAGCCAGUUCAUCUUACGUCUUCCUCGCCGUCUACUAGUCCUUCUCUCCCCGAAACUAGCAGUUUUGAUUCACUCGUGGAUCAGCAAACGCCAAAACCGCCCAUUCCACGUAAAACCGUGACUAAUAUUUCCAACUUGACUUCUAAACUUGAAGCGAGCAGAUCUGGUGGUGCAUUAACUGGCGGAAUGCUCAAAUCAACAUCGCCUCAUCUUGGUACUAUUACACACAAUGGGUUUUCUACUGGGCCACCAGGCUCAGCUACAGCUAUAAGUCGAGUUCCAUUGCCUGGGCUUGGCAACAUAGAGCAGAAACCACCGCUGCCAGUACGCCCACAGCAACAACCACAACUUAUGCAAUUAUCUCAGCCAGUAACGAGGUCUAGUAUGGAUCUUCUUAGCAACGACGACAAUACCGAGAUGAAUGGAUGGGAGACACUAAAACCAAGCUAGACAUUUCUCUUGUUUUGAGGUAUCACAUUCAAAAGGGAUUGGCGUUGAUGCAGCAUGGCGUUUACAGUGUUAUUGUUCAAUCAGAGUAUAUACGACGUUCUUGCAGGGUGAAAAGGAAUGUUUUAAGAAACGAGCUUAGGAUGAAUUUCUUACGCACAAUAGACACGAGACGUUUCUGAAAUAAAUGACAUGGUGAUACCCUCA